AUGGACAUUGCCGGAGAGGAGCAACGUGAAGCGAUCGAGGCCGCCUUGGUUCUCUUGUCUAUGGCGGAUGCUGUGUGGGAUCCAGCCAAGCCCUCAGAUCAUGUCAAUGGGACUUCUGCGCCUGAGACAUCCGUCGAUGAUGAUAUGCUUGAGGCUGCUGCGAGCUUACUGUCAUUGCCAACCCACCCUGUUGUCCAUGCUGGUGACCAGAUAGCCUCUGACUCUCGGUCAACACAGUCUGUGGGACAUAACGAUACUCUUGAGCAAGAUUCAUCUGCAUCUGCUGCUCCUGAUCUUGCUUCUGAUGCUUUAGAUGCCAUUCUUGACGCUGGUCUCGAUGCUGGUCCCAUCGCUUCUGAUGCCACCUCGGACAUAAUCGAUAACCCCCAAUGGGCUGGAUUGACUGCUGACCAGCAGGCAGUUCAGCAGAGCCGCCUCGACAUGACAGCCUGGCAACGUUAUCAGCAAAACCUUCAAGCGUAUGACCACGUCAACGCCCAAGGAUCUGUCAUCGGUCGCUUGUGGCAGACAACUACCGAGCGCCGCACAUUCCGCCAGAACCAGCGUCGUAGGGGUGCGACUCUCCUGCGUGCUGCCACUACGAGGGGUAGGUCGUUCUCGAACAGGCACUCGAACGACCAGAACUAA